UGUGAAACAACUACCGGGAUGCCGAUGGGGGUCUGAUCACGUGCUUCCCUGCCCCUCGAGCACGCCAUCGUGAUUGGGCUUCAUCCCUGAUAUCACGUGACCAAACACACAUCGGUAUCCCAGCGGUCCUUGGGCUAUACGAGCCCCCAGCGGCCUAAGCGGAACAGUGGGCAAUGUUCACGGUUCAGCAUCAUAGCUCCCCUUUCGGACCGUUGAGACCUUGGUCCCAGCCAGCCGUUGAACGCAAACGCGAGGCUGGGUCAACAAAGCCCAUGCGCUUUUGCUUCAAAUAAUGCAUGCGCGCCCGGAGAUUUUCGCUGCAUUUGUCGAGUGGGGACAAAUAUCACAGGUAUGGCGAUGACCCUGUCCAUACCCAAGCCCAUCCAGUCCGCGAUAAAACGCGUAAUCGCGCCGCGGAACUCCCUCACGCCGCGCAUCAAAGCGGCACAGUGUCUGGCCCCCUCAGUUUCUCCGCGCUCAUCAGCCCGUUCGGACGCUCCGACACCACAGGCUGCAAGUGUCCGAAAGACCGACAAUGCUGCGCGUACGCCCAGCCGCGUUUCAAAGAUCAAUGCUCUACCGGUGGCAUACAAUUACACCGCUGUGCUUGUGAUCAUGGGUGUGUUUUGCGCGGCGUUCUCGACGCGAGGCCUAGCGAUGCAAAUUUCGGCGCAAUUGGCUGAUGUGGAGAUAGGUCGAUGCGCUGAUACGGAUUACGCCGGGGUGCGGGCCGAUGCGUGCGGUGAAGGAUUUUGAGGCUCUGCGCGCGCGAAAUUUCGUUGCAGACUUGCUUUCUGGGAUGGACGGUGAUUUUGACUUUAUGCUGCUGGCCGACGUAGUCCUGUGUAGUGUUGGCACAUUUGUGCUGUGU